AAAUGGGAUUAGUUACUUCUGUUGGUCUCACUACACAGCAGCCUCUACCAUCAGUGUGUGAAUGUGUAGGUAUGGCAUGCGGUGUGAAAGCGCUUUAAGUAGUCAGAAGACUAGAAAAUAAAUAUACAAGCUCAAGUCCAUUUACCAUUUUGUUCACGAGUAUGGGUAAAAUGGAUUGCAGCAUUAAUGCGGCAUUGCGUAGAACUGUCAUGGUGAAGAGGGAGCUGAGCCUGAAGGCAAAGCUCUUGGUUCCCAGGUUGAUCUUCGCUCCAACCACAAACUGUAAAUAUUAUAUAUUAAAUACAGACUAUGGUUCCAAUCCUCACCUGUGGUCAGAAGUUUUGUGAAGUGACCUAAAGAAUUAGAACUGGACUACAAAUGGACUUUCCUCUGGAGGGUGGCUGGGCUCAGCCUUGGAGAGAGGAUGAGCAGCUCUGACAUCCGAAGGGAGCUUGGAGUAGGGCAGCUGCUCCUCUGCAUCGGAAGGAGCCAGUUGAGGUGGUUAGGGCAUCUGAUUAAGAUGCUUCCAGGCUGGGCUGUUCUCCAUCAGCUGCAGAAAACCUCUGAAGAAGGGAAGUAAAAAAGAGGAAUAUUUCAAUUUUGGCCAGUGUCUCCCCGAUACACACACGCUUCCCUGAGGAAACACAGAUCGACCAGUGAGGUGAUUGAACACAAGACAUUUGUUUGAUUUUUUAUAUUGCUGCAGCUCAGAGUCUGAAACAAGCACAGACUAUUGUAAGACACUGACACUGAUCCUGUCCCAGAUAUGGCCCAGGCACAUCCAAAUGGGCAACUGGGAGGAUUUCGGCCUAUGGUUGUGUAGCAUGUUCGUUAAACAGAGUGUAAAAAAUUAUAAUUUUUAGUGGACUGCUUAAGGGAUUAUAUAUCCCGUCUGGCCUGGGAACACCUUUGAAUCCCCCAGGAGGAGCUAGAAAGCGUUGAGAAGAAGGAAGUCUGGGGCGACUUGCUUGCUGCCACUGCGACCCUACCCUGGAUAACUUGGAAGAAAAUUCGGGGAACAAGAUGACUAUUUUGAUGUGACAAAAAAGAAAGGGUUCCUCAUAAAUGCUUCUAUGAAAUUAAAACCCUUCAGUACUGAAACCUUUGGAGUUCCAUUUAAAAGACAGAAUGCUACUCAAACAAACAUUAUAUAUUGCAAUAAAUUAAUAUCUGAUCUUAUGGAUGUGGCAAGGGGCAAUAAGGGUUGGUGUAUAAUAGACAACAAAAAUCUAACUGACCCCACGACGCCACCUGGGGAAUUUCACCCCAGGAAAUAUAUAAACACCUUAAUCAGACAAAAGCAACACAGGUUCAACAACUGAAUCAAGACAGAGACGUGGUUCCAAAAGAAAAUGUAAAUUUAAUGAUUACUGAGACUGCUCCCACUACAAUCGAUAUCAGUUGCUAGCCUGUUUGCAUUAUUUUUUUCUCCAUCUUCUUUACAUCAGAGCAACCAUCAACACAUUUCAGUGAAAUUAAACUCUUUGGGUAGAUGAUAAACCACCAAGAGGUUUCUGGAGCACACGUCCACAAUGUUUUGCCCCAUCUACAACAGCCUGCACCUUUGACUUGUUUAGGUUUCAAUCUACCUCAUGCUUAACUGAUUGCUGCCUCCAUACUCUGUAGAUUUAUAACACGUUCCCCUGGCUGAUGAAGUGGCUGCCUGGAUCUCACAACAAGAUUUUAACUAUGUUCAAAAGGAUCGUUGACUUUGUUGAAAUCAAGGUCAAAGAACACAGAGAUAGUCUAGACCCGUCCUCACCAAGAGACUACAUCGACUGCUUCCUCACAGAGAUGGGAGAGAGAGACGAAAAAGAUUCUAGUUUUGAUAUCGAGAAUUUGUGUUCUUGCACUCUGGACCUGUUUGGUGCUGGAACUGAAACUACUACCACUACUCUACACUGGGGACUGCUGUACAUGAUCUACUACCCUCAAAUACAAGAGAGAGUCCAGGCUGAGAUAGACGCUGUGAUUGGUUCAUCCAGAGCGCCCUCUCUAAAUGACAAAGAAGACAUGCCCUAUACUAACGCAGUCGUUCAUGAGAUCCAGAGAAUGGCCAACAUCAUUCCCCUUAAUGUGGCCCGCAUGGCAACCAAGGACACAACACUCGACAAGUACACAAUCCCAAAGGGCACCAUCAUCAUGCCCACCCUGAACUCGGUUCUUCACGAUGAGACGAUGUGGGAAACUCCACACUCCUUCAACCCUCAACACUUUCUGGAUCGGGACGGCCAGUUUAGGAAGAGAGAGGCCUUCCUUCCUUUCUCAGCAGGGAAGCGUGUGUGUAUCGGGGAGCCGCUGGCUAAGAUGGAAAUAUUCCUCUUUUUUACCUCCCUUCUUCAGAGGUUUUCUUUCUCUGCAGCUGACGGAGAGCAGCCCAGCCUGGAUUUUGUUCUAGGAUUCACUCGCAGUCCCAAACCUUACCGCCUCUGUGCUGUACCCCGAUGAA